CUGCAGCCUUCACUAUACAUGGUAAGGAACAUAUAUUAAUAUUAGUUAAAUACAUUUUAUGAACUCCUCACUGAAAGUAAGGAAGGAGCUCUGAAUAGGCUAUAAUGGGUAAUAACUUAAUGGCAUAGAAUUCUAAAAUUUCACACGUCUGAUUUUACAUGUAUCUUAAUCCGUAAUCCUGUGAAAUGUAACAGUGUUUCGCUCCGCGUAGAUUGAGUUCAGUCGGCCACGGUUAUUCUUGGAAACUUUAAAGUGGUAAAUGGUUUACUUCGUCUUUUAAAAUUAAAGUGAAGGGUGGUACGUGGAGAUGCAUGCUAUAGAUUCUGCGUAAAUUAACGUGUCAAAGAGAUACGACUGAGCAGCUGUGACACUUUGAGAAACUGGGAUUUCUGAAUCCUAGUAGAUGUUUUUUUGUGUUGGUGUGUUUUAGGGUCUCGCCAAGUUACUCGCAUGAAUGAGUUUGAAAGUAACGAGUUUUACCGUUGUGUUGUGGCACAAACCACUUGAAUGUUCUUAAGAUGUACGUUAUAAAAAUUAAGUUGUUCUGUGAGGUCGUGCCGGUGGUGAGGCCAGCUCAAGUUUUGAGGUGAAAGGUGACUCGUUUCUGAUUGGGUAACAUCACAUGACCUUGAUUGGCUCCCGGUCGGUGAAGCCCCCUCCUUUCCCCUCUGACACCCCAUGUGUCUGCGUGGCGUGGCGCUCGUUGGCGGUCCGGGUUGAUGAGACGGGGCGGAGUAGAAGUGUGAGGAGAAUCUUUCCUAUCCGCAGCUAAACCUUUGGGUCUCCUCCUUACUGGCCUGCAUCUUCACACUCCAACACAUAACGCACCUCUCCUGGGGUUCAGAACUUACUCUGUGCCAUCAAACCCACCAUCCUGCACCAGCCUGUCUGCCAUCCCUAACAGCAGCAGUAUGCUGAGCCAAGAGUUGCUACAGAUGUUGAAGCUGCCGCAUCUGGAUGACGUCACACAAUACAUUAGGACAGCCUCCACCCCAGUGUUGGUCAGCGUUGGGGCGGUGGCAGCAGCCACAACCUAUUACCUGGCAACACGGCCCAAGGCCCCCCCGCCAAUCUGUGACCUCCAAAUGCAGUCGGUCGAGAUUCCGUGGACCAUGACCGAACUGGCAUGUUACACAUAUUCUCUGGUGUCGGUUCCUCUGUAUGACACGCUGGGAAAAGAGGCCAUCGGUUACAUAUUAGAAAAAGCGGAUAAAGUCAGUAUGGUUUUGGACUGCGUUAAAGAUGUGAAGCACUCUGUGAAGACCAUCGUCCUGAUGGAGACCCCCAGUGACCACCUGGUCGAGAGGGGGCAGAUGGCGGGAAUCCACAUCCUAUCUCUGCAGGAAAUGGAGGGAUGCAUGUUGGUGCAGGGAGCCAGAAUUGGCUUUUUCCAAGGGGACAUUCGUAAACUGCCAGAUGAUCUGAACACAUUGAAGCCCACUAUGUUCCCCGUUGUGCCGCGACUCCUCAACAGAAUGUAUGAUAAGAUUUUCGGGCAGGCUAACAGUCCUGUGAAGCGCUGGCUGCUGAACUUCGCCUACAGGAGAAAGCAGGCAGAGAUGUCGAAAGGCAUCAUGAGGAGAGACAGCAUCUGGGACCGACUGAUCUUCAGGAAAGUCCAGGCCAGCCUGGGAGGGCAUGUGCGUCUAAUGCUAACAGGAGCCGCUCCCAUCUCUCCCACUGUUCUCACCUUCCUCCGAGCUGCACUCGGCUGUCAGUUCUAUGAAGGCUAUGGGCAGACAGAGUGUACUGCUGGUUGCACCAUGACUACACCAGGAGACUGGAGUGCAGUUAAGCUGGUGGAUGUUCCUGAGAUGAACUACCUGGCUGUAAACGGAGAGGGAGAGGUGUGUGUGAAAGGUGCAAACGUUUUCCUUGGCUACCUGAAUGACCCGGAGAAGACAGCAGAGGCAAUCGAUGCUGAUGGAUGGCUUCACACGGGAGACAUUGGCAAGUGGCUACCAAAUGGCACGCUAAAGAUCGUGGACAGGAAGAAGCACAUCUUUAAGCUGGCUCAGGGGGAGUACAUUGCACCUGAGAAGAUAGAGAACAUUUACAUAAGGAGUGAUGCGGUGGCGCAGGUCUUUGUGCAUGGAGAUAGUCUUCAGGCACAUCUGAUCGCAGUGGUGGUUCCUGACCCUGACUUCCUGUCUAGCUGGACUAAAAGGACACUGGGGCUGCAGGGCAGCUACGAGGAGCUGUGCAGCAAAGCGGAUGUUAAGGUAGCCAUCUUGGAGGAUAUGCUGCGUCUGGGCAAAGAGGGAGGCCUCAAAUCCUUUGAGCAGGUUAAAGACAUCUACAUCCACACCGAGCUGUUCUCCAUCGACAACGGCCUCCUCACUCCAACAAUGAAGGCCAAGAGAAACGAACUGCUCCAGCACUUCAGGUCCCAGCUAGACGAGCUGUACGCUGGGACCAAGAUGUAGAUGGCAAAUUGGAUUAGCAGAGAAGAGCUGUAUGUGGUGGCUUUAGGGGAAAUUAAAAAGAAACGGUGCAGAGCGAAAACAGUUUUUAACACACUAUAUUUAUCAAAUCAAGGAGGCCUUCUUAGACCGUCAGCCUGCAGACUUCUCACGUACAGUAAUACCAGAAACAACUGGAGCAGGAGGUGAUUUUCAGAGAGCUAGCAAAAGAACCUGUGGAAAAACCACAAAAACCGAGAGUUCUUUUAUAAUCGCACAUUUUGAUUUUAACCAGCUCUGUUUUUGAGGGGAAAGUGUUUUCCCCGCCAGCAACAUCAGGCAACAUCAAGGAUCUCAGGACACAAGAGCCACACGUACACGCUCUCAACUCAGUCAGCCAGAUUUAUUUAUGAAGCAUAUUUAGAAAUAUUCACACUUGACCAAAGGGCUUUGAAAUCAGAUCAAAUUAAAAACAAAAACGAAGCCAUGACUAUUCUACAAAGUAGAACAUUAGCUAUGAAAUAUCACAUCAGCACAAAAGGAUCUAUUUUGAGAGUUUUUAGUGAGUUUUAUGUUUGCCUAAAGUUUGAGUGGUGUGUAUGUGAAGAGGUGAGCUGUUUAAUUGAAGUUGACGAAUUGCAGGAUCACCUCUAUGUUUUAAUCUAGACCUCAAAACUUUUAGGAGCCACUAGCUCUUUGACUGCAGACAUGAACAACACCUGUUAAAUAAACUGAUGCAAGUGCUUUUAAAAGGUAUCAUGUAAUAAAAUCUUUUAACGUGUCCGAAAACAAACAGUGAGUCAGUGAAAGGAUGCUAAAACCAGCGCCGUGGGUCCACGCCUUUUCUCUUAUUUAUUGAUUUUUUUCUGGGGGGCGAAUUAAAGACAAGCUGCUGCUAUAUGAACUAUCAUACAGUUGAUCGUGCAGAGAAGACUGAUGGCUCAGCAGUUUCGUGUAGAGGUGACAAAACUGUGGAAACAAAUGGCUAAAAAGCUGCUCAAAGUCAUUAAACCAGAGCUCCUAAGUGCCCAAAGCCCCACCAGAAUGAGACGAACAUAAAUCACUCAGGCAAGAUCAGGUGCCAUAUGGAUUUAUCUUGUAAGCCAUAGUGUCCCACACAACUAAAAUGUGUCCGUUAAUUGAUUAUAUUGUCCUUAGUCUUGCAUGAAUGAGUUUAGUUCCAGUUUUACCAGAAGGAACCAAAAUGGAUAUUUAACACUUUACAAAAGAAGGAAGAAAAGCAAACUAUGCACAGGAAAAACAAAGGAUAGGAUAAAUUUGUGUGAGACUUUAUUUUUUUGGCAGCAACAGGAAGGGAAAUGCGUGUCAAUGCAAUAAUAUUAAUAUAUUUUGUUUUUUGGUAUGCUAAGUAAGUUUAGUCGAAAUUCUUAAACCCUCUUGAGUGUUAAAUGGGUUUAAUUUUUCAGUUCAAGUCGGUUUUGCCAUAAUUGUCUCAAAGUCCUCAUGUCAUUGUUUUGUGAAAUGUCUGAUUAAAAAUAUCUCCAAUGUCACCGUGUCGGCCUUUGAGAUGGUUUCAGUAUGUGCUGUGCAUUUUAUCUGAUCUUAAUUCACAACGGUUAUUAAUGAACCAUUUCGCUUUCCGUAAGACUACACAAUCAGCUUGGGCAG